AUGACUAGUGUUUUGAGUAGUAUUUUGCCCUCAAAAAGGGUGGAUAAUGAAGAAGAUGACUAUAAUUCGGAAUAUUCGUUUGCCAUGGAAUACAGUGGCCCUCCGGUCAGUCGGGAUAUACCGGAGGUUCUUCCGGUGGAUGUUAGGAGGAUUCCGACUGCGGCCAUGGUUGCUAGGCCUUCCACGUUGAAUAAUUUAUCACUACCAGUUAUUAAGCCAAUUGUAAGGAGUGGUUAUUCUGAAAAGAAAUGGUCAAUUGACAUAAAAUUAGGCUCUGAAUCUCCAGUUUCUGAUGCACAUUUAGGUAAAAGUGGGAGUUUUGAUGAAGAUUUAUUGGGAAAUUCAGAGGAUGGUGUUCAUAGAGAAGGAGCAUUAGGUUCGACAACUGGGGAAUCUAAUGAAUUAUAUAGAGGUUCCAGUAGUUCUGGUGAGGAUUUAGACGAAGAAUACAAGGAGGAUCUAGGGUCUGGAAAUUGCUCAAACGCCACCAAAUCAAAAACUAGAUCAGGAGAGUUGGAAGAUUGUGCGGAUGAAGCUCCCCGUCAAGGCAGUAGAAUGCCAGUUGUGACUUUUCGUGACUGUACAUCAAGUGAUGUAGCCUCUGAAGAAGAAGAUGAUGGGGCGGUAGUCUUCCCCGAGAGGCCGGUGGUUGUAGAUGACAUGAGGAAAGGGACGUGUUAUAGGUGUCAUAAAAGGAAUCGGUUUGGUGAGAAGGAAGUUUGCAUAGUUUGUGGUGCUAAGUAUUGUAGUAAGUGUGUGCUAAGAGCAAUGGGGUCAAUGCCACAAGGGAGAAAAUGUAUUACUUGCAUUGGUUUUCGGAUUGAUGAGUCGAGGAGGGGAACCUUGGGGAAAUGUUCUCGAAUGCUCAAGAAACUCCUUACGGAUGAUGUAAUUAAGCAGAUUUUGAGUUCUGAGGUAUUAUGUGAAGUGAAUCAGCUGCCCCCUCGUCUUAUCUGUGUAAAUGACAAGCCUCUUUCUAUGGAUGAGUUGGUUUUGUUGCAAAGCUGCCCGAAUCCACCAAAGAAGCUAAAACCCGGAAAGUAUUGGUACGAUAAGGUUUCUGGUUUCUGGGGGAAGGAAGGGGAGAAACCGUGCCAGAUUAUCAGCCCCCAACUUGGUGUUGGUUAUCAAAUUAGGCAGGACGCUAGCAAUGGAAACACCAAUGUACAGAUAAAUAAUAGGGAGAUUACUAAACCCGAACUGCGGAUGUUGCAGGCAGCCGGAAUAUGCUGCGAAGGGAACCCUAACUUUUGGGUCACUGCAGAAGGUUUCUGUCAGCAUGAAGGUAUGAAUAAUGUGAUGGGGAAAUUAUGGGAUAAGAAAAUAGUCAAGAUAGUGUGCACUGCUUUGUCCUUGCCAUUUCCUUCUAGUACUGCCAAUCCCGGUGGCGAAGAAGUCGAUAAUAACACAGAUAAGAUUAACUCGAAAAACCUAGAUCAGAAAACAACGAAUAAACUUCUCCUAGUCGGUACUGAUCAAUCAGGAACAAGUACCAUAUUUAAGCAGGCCAAAAUUCUGUAUAAUGUUCCUUUCUCAGAAGAUGAGAGGGAAAAUAUCAAAGUCGUGAUCCAAAGAAAUUUGUAUAGCUAUAUUGGUGUCUUGCUUGAGGGGCGUGAGCAAUUUGAACAAGAUUAUUUGGUUGAAAUGAGGAGAAAACGUAUUGAUCAACCGAGUUCUUCUGCGAGCGCCGGCCAUGUGGAUGAAAAAAACAUUUACUCCAUUAGUCCGAGACUGAAAGCAUUCUCCAGUUGGCUUCUCCAAAUUAUGAUGUCAGGCAACUUGGAGGCCAUUUUCCCAGCUGCUACUCGUGAGUACGCACCGUUAGUUGAGGAGUUGUGGAAGGAUAAAGCAUUUCAAGCCACUUACACAAGGCGAAAUGAACUGCAUAUGUUACCUAGAGUUGCUAAUUAUUUCUUAAAUCGGGGUGUUGAAAUUGCGAGAAUGGAUUAUGAGCCUUCUGAUAUGGAUAUCUUGUAUGCUGAGGGCAUCGCUUCUUCCAAUGGGGUUGCGUCGAUGGAUUUCUCUUUUCCCAAUUCGUCGUCUCGGGAUAGUUACAUGGAACCUGCUGUUGAUCACAAUGAUUCGUCAACAAGGUAUCAACUCAUUAGAGUUCAUGCGGACAGCCUUGGAGAAAACUGCAAGUGGUUGGAGAUGUUCGAAGAUGUCGACCUAGUCGUGUAUUGUGUUUCCUUGAUAGAUUACGAUGAAUUCUACGAAGAUAUUAACGGAGUCUGCACAAACAAGAUGUUGGCGAGCAAGAAACUGUUUACGAACAUCGAUUUUAAUCCCGUGAUCAGUCUUCAUCCGAACAAUAACAACAGGAACAACCCGUCUUUGGCUCAACGUGCUUUCCACUACAUUGCCGUGAAGUACAAAAGGCUGUUCACUUCAAUCACGGGGCGUAAGUUGUUCGUUUCAUCGGUUACAGGGUUGGAGGCUGACAGUGUAGAUAAAGCUCUUCAAUAUGGCAGGGAGAUUCUGAGGUGGGAAGAAGAGAGACUUACAUUCAGCAUGACUGAAUCUAGCGAGAGUAUGGAACCUAGCACAUCCAUAUAG